AUGAGGACAUCAGCUGCAAUCCUGCUUGCCUGUCUUCUGCUUGUUAAUGUAGAAGGCAUGGCAGUUGUUUCCACAGGUCGGUGCUUGUGUAUCGAUGAAGGAGUAAACUUCAUCAAGCUAAAAAACAUUCAGAAGGUUGAAGUGUAUGCAGCUAGCAGCUCUUGCGAGAAGAUGGAGAUAAUUGUCACGCUGAAGGGUACUGGAGAGAAGAAGUGCUUGAAUCCAGAGUCUAAAUUUGCCAAGAACUUCAUCAAGAAAUCACAAAGGCACAAAAGGAGCAUGAAGAGAAUGGAACAUAUAUAUAUUCGAACCAUCAGCUCAUUCUUAAACUCAUCUUCGGAGCUUUCAAAUCUACAGAAGAAAACAAUGAGAUCAGCUGUUGUCCUCCUGCUCACCUGCAUGCUCUUAGCAUAUGUUAAAGGAGUUGCUAUAGCUCCAAAAGGACGAUGCCUGUGCAUGGAUGGUGGGGUGAACUUCAUUCCUCACAGAAACAUUGCAAACAUUAAUAUCUAUCAUCCUAGCUCAGCCUGCAAUCACAUGGAGAUCAUCGUGACCUUGAAGGAUGUGGCAGAGAAGAAGUGUUUAAAUCCAGAAUCCAGAUUUGCCCAGAAUUUAAUCAAGAAUUUCCAGCAAAACAAAAGGAGCCUGGAGAAAACUGGCGCAUGAAGCAACAUCAGACUUCCAGAAACAGCACAGCCAGUGUCCAAUGAGUCCAAGGCGAAGAGAAAAUGCAAAACAGCUUUAUAACAGUGCAAAUGUAACAUUUUGAACAUGAACAAAAUUCCCAGUGAUAUGCAAGCAAUCAAUCUUCUUGGGAAUAGAAGGGGAUGGAUUAUUUAGAUUUGUUAGAUUUUACAGUCCUAACUGUAAAAAGACUAUGAUGUAAAUAUUAUUUAUGGAUACUAAUGUCAUUUACAACAGCAGUAUUAAAACAGAUGUGUCAGUUCCUUUAUUAUGGAAUAGGGCAUUCAUACUUCAAUAGUUCAUUAACUUAAGUUACACAUAAUUACAGUUAUUUGAUGGCUGUAUGUAGUUAACAAAGUGCACACUUUACUUUUGUAUAAAUGACUGCAUGUCAAAACUGACAAAUGUUUUCAACCCAAACAUUUGUACUGCUGUCUGUUAUACUUUAGAAACUUUUGUACUCUUGCAAAGCAAUAAA